CCCCACAACUAGAGAAAACCUGUGCGGAGCAAUGAAGACCCAACACAGCCAUAAAUAAAUAAAUAAAUAAAUAAAAUUAAAAAAGGAACAGCUCGAGAGCACUGCAGGGCACUAAGAGAUGAGGGGGACUGAGGGAUGGGUGAGACCUGGUUCCUGGUCUCAGGAAAUGUCUAGUCUCAUUGGGGAGACAGAAAUAACACUCUAGGAACAAUUAAGGAGAAAUAAAUAUCAGUUUGUGCUCAAGAACCAAGCAGUGUGAUAAACACCACUUCCCUUCCAUCCCUGGCAAAAUCCAGUCAUUAAGACCCAGAUCAAGUUUCACAUUCUUGGUAAAGUCUUCCCUGGACACUCUUGGAUGAGCCCAUAGUUCUAAGUCCAUACCCCUACUGGUACUUUUCACUUCACAUCACAGGAAAUGCACUGCUCAGGUCUCCUACAGCAAGGAGAGCAACCCAGUGAGUGUCUUUUAUGUUUAAUCCUGUCUUGGUGACAGCUUCUUGGAGACCUGUUGGAGAACCAACAUGUUGGUUGGUUACUUCUGUCUUUCCCGCUAGACUGUGAGCUCUCUCAGCUCCCUGACAAGUCAGUGGGGAGUAUCACCGUGGUAUGAUGUGGCCACACUUCCCACGGGCUGUUCCCAGCUAGUGACUGAGCACAAUGCGGCACUAGUACCAGCAUUCCUAUAGGACGUAGGGCUCCCUGAACUGCAAUGUUGGCUCCAAGAUUCAGAACUGCACUGCUGCCUGAGUUCCUCCUGCCCAAUCCUCUCCCAGGUGUCAGACCUGCAACGAGGUAAGGCUCUUCUCUCUCCCCUUUAUCCUUCAUGGAUGUGUCUCCCCAUGAAUCUCUUGCAUGCUUAAUCCUGUCUUAUUGACCCACAGCUUCUUGGAAAGCCUGAGAGGACACAAGUUAGUUGGUUACUUCUGUCUUCUCCAUUAGACUGAGUUCUGUGAGAUCAGGGACCCACCCGUCUGCUUCGGGCAUCAUCUCAGGGUGGAGCACAGGACCUGACCCAGAGGAUGAAUGAGCAAAGAGAUGAACAUUCAGAGAAGGGGCAGGUAGGUGAGAGAGAAAGAAGCCAGAGGAAGCUUCAGGGAGGUGGUAAGCCUUGCCUGGGGUCUGGAGGGCAGGAAAAGCUGCCAGAGUAGAAAGGAACAGUCUUCAUGGAGGCUCAAUAUCUGUUGAGGAUGGAUUCAGUGUUUCAUCAUCUUCCCAGAGCUAUGCUCAGGAGAGAGUUGUGGGUAAAUGUAAUGGGGUCACUCUGCCUUGGCAUAGGAAGGUUGGACCAUAGGAGGUGGGCUAGGGAGGCAGAGGGAAGAGAUGGAAACCGGAAAGGGCCGCCUUCAUUGUUGGCAGUGCCCAAGCCUGAGGCCCUGACCCAGAGCAGGGCCCCCAGAUGCUGCCGGGGAACCACUGGGGCCCUGGUGGAUUAGGGCAGAUUUGUGUUAGAUGUCUCUGCAAUGAGGUCAGCAUCCAGAGCCAGAGCAAAUUCCCCGUUGUGAAUUCCAGUGUCUCCUAUACAGUGUGCAGUCCCAACAGGGUUCUGGCCCUGGUUCCCACCACCGCACUUUCUACUCAGAGGACAUCUGGUUACAGUUCCCAUCAAGGGCAACCCUUGAUCCCAGAGCCCUAGAGCAGUGGGGGUGGAGGGAAACUUCUGCUUCUGUGCUGUGGCCUGAUUCCCACAAGACCACCGAGACUGGUAAGAGUGGGGCUGGGAAGUUUCCUUCACGGGGUUGUACCCUAAAGGUCAGGCAGCCCUGGACAAAGCCCGUGUGGUGAGAAGCCAGGAAAUCUGGGAGCUGGCUGGGAUCCCAGAAGGUCCCAUCCUGCUCUCUCAUAGGAACAAAAGAGCUGGUGCUCCGGGAAAUGUGAGAAGAGGACACCUCACAUGAGGCUGCAGCUGGUGUGGCCACUCCAGAGUCCUGGCUCCUUCUCCAUUGCCGGGUCAGUAAACAGGACCAUAGGGUCUGUGGGCUGCAGGGCUCUGGGCAAUCAGGGCUCCAGCUGGGAGGCCUCAGCCCUAGCUGACCCUCAGGCCCAGGACGGCCCCUCAUGGCCAGGGGUUGAGGCCUGGCUUAUCUCUCCAGCUGUCCUGUUCCCUGCCACUUUAUCAGGGAGAGUGGGUAGGUGUCAGAGCUUGGAACUCCCACCUCUCCCUCCCCGUGGGAUAGAGCCCAGGUGCAAGUGGAAGGACAACUCUUGGGCACAGCCAGGAGACCUCUGUCCUGGGAGAGUUUAAAAGGCCCCAGGACCUUCUCCGCCUCAACUGACCUUCCCAACUGGCUGCAGCAUGCAGGGGCUCCUGAUUUUGAGCGUGCUGCUGGGGGCUGUCCUUGGCAAAGAGGACUUCGUGGGGCACCAGGUGCUCCGAAUCUCUGCGGCCGAUGAAGCCCAGGUACAGAUGGUGAAGGAGCUGGAGGACCUGGAGCACCUACAGCUGGAUUUUUGGAGGGGCCCUGCCCAGCCAGGCUCCCCCAUCGACGUCCGAGUGCCCUUCCCCAGCAUCCAGGCUGUCAAAGUCUUCCUGGAGGCCCGUGGCCUCAGAUACACAAUCAUGAUAGAGGACGUGCAGUCGCUGCUGGACGACGAGCAGGAGCAGAUGUUCGCCUCCCGGAGCCGGGCCCGCAGCACUAACACCUUUAACUAUGCCACCUACCACACCCUGGAGGAGAUCUAUGACUUCAUGGACUUGCUGGCGGCCGAGCACCCACAGCUUGUCAGCAAGCUCCAGAUCGGCAGCAGCUACGAAGGCCGUCCCAUCUACGUGCUGAAGUUCAGCACUGGGGGGAACAACCGUCCAGCCAUCUGGAUUGACACGGGCAUCCAUUCUCGGGAGUGGGUCACCCAGGCCAGUGGGGUCUGGUUUGCAAAGAAGAUCGCACAAGACUAUGGCCAGGACCCAGCUUUCACUGCCAUUCUGGACAACAUGGACAUAUUCUUGGAGAUCGUCACCAACCCUGAUGGUUUUGCCUUCACCCACAGCAAGAAUCGAAUGUGGCGCAAGACUCGAUCCCUGACGUCGGGCUCCACCUGCAUUGGGGUGGACCCCAACAGGAACUGGGACGCUGGCUUUGGGAAGGCCGGAUCCAGCAGCAACCCAUGCUCGGAAACUUACCGUGGCAAGUUUGCCAAUUCCGAAGUGGAGGUCAAGUCCAUCGUGGACUUUGUGAAAGAACACGGGAACAUCAAGGCCUUCAUCUCCAUCCACAGCUACUCCCAGCUCCUCUUGUAUCCCUUUGGCUACAAAAGAGAAUCACCUGCAGACAAGGAUGAGCUGGAUCAGGUGGCUAAGUCUGCUGUUGAGGCCCUGACCUCUCUGUAUGGGACCAAGUUCAAGUAUGGCAGCAUCAUCACAACAAUUUACCAAGCCAGUGGAGGCACCAUUGACUGGACCUAUGACCAGGGCAUCAAGUACUCCUUCACCUUCGAGCUCCGGGACACCGGGCGCUAUGGCUUCCUGCUGCCGGCCUCCCAGAUCAUCCCCACGGCCCAGGAGACAUGGCUGGCACUUCUGACCAUCAUGGAGCACACGCUGAAUCACCCCUACUGACCCGGCCCUUCAGCGCUGUCUUCCUCCUCCUCUCCGUCCCCACCCAGGCAGCCAAAUAAAGUUUGAGUGUACAUGGACCAGAAUGGGGCU